AUGGCGCUGAUGACGCCCCGGAAAAGAGCCCACGACCCGGCAGCGGGGGAAGGGCGCCCCCGAGCGGGAAGGGGCGCGAAGCGGCUAUCGAUCCAGACCUCACCGGUGACUAAUGUGAUGCUCGUAAACAAGCCUAGGGCCGGGCACCCGGGAACCACCCAGGCGCAAACCUGCCGCAGGGACCGGCACGGCCACAAGCGCUUCUUCGUGCUGCGCGGGCCCGGCGCGGGCGGCGACGAGGCGACGACGACAGCGGGCGGGGGUCCGGCGCCGCAGCCGCCGCGGCUCGAGUACUACGAGAGCGAGAAGAAGUGGCGGAGCAAGGCGGGCGCCCCGAAGCGGGUCAUCGCGCUUGACUGCUGCCUGAACAUCAACAAGCGCGCCGACGCCAAACACAAGUACCUGAUCGCCCUCUACACCAAGGACGAGUACUUCGCCGUGGCGGCCGAGAACGAGCAGGAGCAGGAGGGCUGGUACCGCGCGCUCACCGACCUGGUCAGCGAGGGCCGCGCGGGCGCCGGCGACGCGCCCCCCGCCGCCGCCACCGCCGUGUCCUGCAGCGCCUCCCUGCCCGGCGCCCUGGGCGGCUCGGCCGGCGCCGCCGCGGCCGAUGACAGCUACGGGCUGGUGGCGCCCGCCACGGCCGCCUACCGCGAGGUGUGGCAGGUGAACCUGAAGCCCAAGGGCCUGGGUCAGAGCAAGAACCUGACGGGCGUGUACCGCCUGUGCCUGUCGGCGCGCACCAUCGGCUUCGUAAAGCUCAACUGCGAGCAGCCGUCGGUGACGCUGCAACUCAUGAACAUCCGCCGCUGCGGCCACUCGGACAGCUUCUUCUUUAUCGAGGUGGGCCGCUCGGCCGUCACGGGCCCUGGCGAGCUGUGGAUGCAGGCCGACGACUCGGUGGUGGCGCAGAACAUCCACGAGACCAUCCUGGAGGCCAUGAAGGCGCUAAAGGAGCUCUUCGAGUUCCGGCCGCGCAGCAAGAGCCAGUCGUCGGGCUCGUCGGCCACGCACCCCAUCAGCGUCCCCGGAGCGCGCCGCCACCACCACCUGGUCAACCUGCCCCCCAGCCAGACAGGCCUGGUGCGCCGCUCGCGCACCGACAGCCUGGCCGCCACCCCGCCGGCCGCCAAGUGCAGCUCCUGCCGGGUGCGCACAGCCAGCGAGGGCGACGGCGGCGCGGCGGCAGGGACCGGGGCGGCGGGCGGCAGGCCCGUGUCGGUGUCGGGGAGCCCCCUGAGCCCCGGGCCGGUGCGCGCGCCGCUGAGCCGCUCGCACACCCUGAGCGGCGGCUGCGGCGGCCGCGCGGGCAAGGUGAGUCUGGCGCCGGCAGGGGGCGCCCUGCAACACAGCCGCUCCAUGUCCAUGCCCGUGGCGUACUCGCCCCCGGCCGCCACCAGCCCCGGCAGCCUGUCGUCAAGCAGCGGGCACGGCUCAGGCUCCUACCCGCCGCCUCCGGCCCCGCACCCGCACCUGCAGCAUCCCCUGCAUCUCCCCGCGGGCCAGAGACCCUCCAGCGGCAGCGCCUCAGCCUCAGGCUCCCCCAGCGACCCCGGCUUCAUGUCCCUGGACGAGUACGGCUCCAGCCCUGGGGACCUGAGAGCCUUCUGCAGCCACAGGAGCAACACGCCGGAGUCCAUCGCCGAGACCCCCCCGGCCAGGGACGGCAGCGCGGGGGAGCUGUACGGGUACAUGACCAUGGACAGACCCCUGAGCCACUGUGGCCGCCCCUACCGCCGAGUCUCAGGGGACGGGGCCCAGGACUUGGACAGAGGGCUGAGGAAGAGGACUUACUCCCUGACCACACCUGCUCGGCAGCGACCGGUGCCCCAGCCCUCCUCUGCGUCCCUGGAUGAAUACACCCUGAUGCGGGCCACCUUCUCCGGCAGCUCGGGCCGACUCUGCCCGUCCUGCCCCGCGUCCUCCCCCAAAGUGGCCUACCACCCCUAUCCCGAGGACUACGGUGACAUCGAAAUUGGGUCCCAUAGGAGCUCUAGCAGUAACCUGGGCACAGACGAUGGCUACAUGCCAAUGACCCCUGGCGUGGCCCUCAUGGGUGGCGGCAGCGGCAGCUGCAGAAGUGACGACUACAUGCCCAUGAGCCCCACCAGCGUGUCUGCACCGAAGCAGAUCCUGCAGCCUCGCGCCGCUGCCGCGGCCUUGCCCCCCACGGGAGCCGCAGCGCCGCCGCCCGCCUCUGUGGCCUGCCGGGCCUUUCCAGUGAACGGGGGCAGCGGCUACAAGGCCAGCUCGCCGGCCGAGAGCUCCCCCGAGGACAGUGGGUACAUGCGCAUGUGGUGUGGCUCCAAGCUGUCCAUGGAGAACGCCGACAGCAAGCUGCUUCCCAACGGGGACUACCUCAACAUGUCCCCCAGCGACGCGGGCACCUCGGGAACCCCGCCCGACUUCUUCUCGGCAGCCUUGCCCGGCGGGGAGAUGCUCAAGGGCGUCCCCGGCUACUGCUACAGCUCCUUGCCUCGAUCCUACAAGGCUUCCUACACCUGUGAUGGGGACCACGACCAGUACGUGCUCAUGAGCUCCCCCGUGGGGCGCAUCCUGGAAGAGGAGAGACUGGAGCCGCAGGCCAGCCCGGGGACCACGCAGUCGGCCAGCGCCUUCGCCACCGGGUCCGCUGGGGGCGGCCACACGCAGCCUCCUCACCCCGUAGUGCCUUCGCCCGGGAGGCCGAGUGGCAGCGGCAGCGGCCGCCCAGAGGGCUUCCUGAACCAGCGCUGCCGGGCAGUGCGGCCCACGCGGCUGUCCCUGGAGGGGCUUCAGACCCUGCCCAGCAUGCACGAGUACCCUCUGCCGCCGGAGCCCAAGAGCCCUGGCGAGUACAUCAACAUUGACUUCAGCGAGGCCGGGGCGCGCCUGUCGCCGCCCGCCCCUCCGCUGCUGGCCUCGGCCGCCUCAUCCUCCUCGCUGCUGUCCGCCAGCAGCCCGGCCUCGUCCCUGGGCUCCGGCACCCCGGGCACGAGCAGCGACAGCCGGCAGCGCUCCCCGCUCUCUGACUACAUGAACCUCGACUUCAGCUCGCCCAAGUCUCCCAAGCCGGGGACCCAGAGGGGGGACCCCGUGGGCUCCUUGGAUGCCCUCCUGUCCCCCGAGGCCUCGUCCCCGUACCCACCGCUGCCCCCGCGCCCUGCCGCCCCCUGCUCCUCCCUGCAGCCGCUGGCCCCCCCUCCGCCCUCCCCAGGGGAGCUGUACCGCCUGCCUCCAGCAUCCACCUCCCAGGACCCCGGCGCUGCCUCCUCUUCGUCCUCGGAGACUGGGGACAAUGGUGACUACACCGAGAUGGCCUUUGGCGUGGCUGCCACCCCGCCACAACCCAUCGCGGCACCCCCGAAAUCAGAAGGUGCCCGCGUGACCAGCCCCACGUCCGGCGUGAAGAGGCUGAGUCUCAUGGAUCAGGUGUCGGGGGUCGAGGCCUUCCUUCAGGCCAGCCAGCCCCCAGACCCGCACCGGGGGGCCAAGGUCAUCCGCGCAGACCCGCAGGGGGGCCGCCGCCGCCACAGCUCGGAGACCUUCUCCUCGACCACCACUGUGACCCCCGUGUCCCCGUCCUUCGCCCACAACCCGAAGCGCCACAACUCGGCCUCUGUGGAAAACGUUUCUCUCAGGAAAACCAGCGAAGGGGGCAGCAGCAGCAUGCUCGGUGGGGGUGACGAGUCCCCCGCAUCCCCCCGCCAGUUGCAGCCCCCGCUGCCCCAGCAGGCGCGGCCGUGGACACCGGGUCAGCCUGGGGGCUUGGUUGGCUGCCCCGGUGGCAGUGGCUCUCCAAUGCGCAGGGAGACCUCUGCCGGCUUCCAGAAUGGCCUCAACUACAUCGCCAUCGACGUGAGGGACGAGCCGCCGCCGCAGCCGCAUCCGCAGCAUCCGCAGCCGGGAGACAAGAGCGCCUGGGGCCGGACCCGGAGCCUCGGGGGUCUCAUCAGCGCCGUGGGGGGCAGCAGCACCGGCGGGGUGUGUGGGGGGCCGGGCCCUGGUGCCCUGCCCUCCGCCAACACCUAUGCCAGCAUUGACUUCUUGUCCCAUCACCUGAAGGAGGCCACGAUUGUGAAAGAGUGAAGGUCUGUCUGGCUUUAUCAGAUAACGUCACAUGUCAGAGAAUAACAUUAAAAGAAGAUGCUCAGCAUUUUUUAAUCUGAAGCUGCUUACAAUUUUCUUUUGGGUCUGAGCAAUGGCUACGUUUUGAAACAUCUGUGACUGUAUGGGACAUGGAACCAAGGCGAGGACGCCUGCCUCCCACUUGUUCCCAUAGGGGGCAUUCCUCCUUGUGCUGUUCGUGUUGUGUUGUGUUUUGUUUUUUAACAAAAUUCGCUGAAGAAGUCAUUCUCAAGAAAAUUGGAUGUUUUCAUUGGCCUGUUAAAUGGGGGCCAGUGUCUUAAUUUCUUCUUACUUUCAUUUUGGCAAAGCAAAUUUAUCCCUCAGCAUGCUAGGAGAUUCUACCAAUAUCCCUUAAAGUGGUAAAAUCUGGUAUUUACUGGCAUACACUCAAAACUACCACAGUCCUACCUCAGUUCCAGGUGAAGCUGGAUUUGCGUGGUCGGGGGCCGGCAAGACCUCCUGUGUGUCUGUGCUGAAUGUGUUUCCAGUGUGGUCAUCAGCCUUAUUAAACUGGCUCCGUACACAGCUGCUUGUGGGACUCACAUCCCGGUACCUGCUUACUCACAGACAGAGCCCAGUGUGGGGCUGACUUUUCUCAACGGAAAUGAAAUCUGAGAUUGGACUUUGAAGUGGAUUAAUAAAUAAUAAUUAUUAUAUGUAACUAAAGCAACCUACUUUUGAAAAUCAUCAGCUGUAUUGGGUGUUCAUGUAGGUACUUCAAAUUGCAAAAGCCUUUGCUCCUAUUUACAAGCUCAAACGUCUCUGCUGUCCUUAACCUUGAGCUUGCGUUUCUUUAACCAAAAAUUCGCGCAGGCACGCUGGCGAUCCAAGAGCGGUCACGGGUUUGGCAGGUUUUU